UUUUCUCAGGAAAUCCUUUUAUAUUAUUGCUCAUUUAUAUUCAUUCAUCAAGGCCUUUUGGUCCCGAAGGACAGAAUUUACCCCUAAACAGAAAAAUGGAGAAAACACAUUUAUUUUGUAAGAUGGAAGAAAGCACCGAUGGAUCACUUCAGGACUCUGAUUCUUCCACAACUAACUUGUCAUCGAGAAAUACUGAAAGCAAGAAAUGCAGCAAAAUUUCUAAACCAGCAGGGAAGAAAAAUUCAUCUGAAACUAAGGGUUUAGUCCCAGAAUUUAAAAAAACAUAUGAAACAUCAUUAUACCUGUUUAAAGAAUUAAAAUUCACUGAGUUUUCGGGAUCAAAGAAAAUCAGGAAAAAGAAAAGUUUACAAGUGCAGUUUCAUAGUAAAAGAACUGAGAUUCCCUCUCCCUCUCCGAAGGUGUUAAAGGAGAAGAUAACUGGGAAAGAAAGCCCUCUAUACAAGUCACCAUGCCAGUUUGGUAGUCACAAGACUUCACUACUGCCUCAGGCACCUUCCUCAUCUUUUCGGAGGAAGGAGACAACUUCUAACCUCUACAUGACAUUAUAUGAACAAAUACCUGAAGGAUACUUAAAAUACCAAGAAAUAAGUGCACUUCCUAAAUCCUGCGCAAUUUUUAGUAAAGUUCGGCAAGGUAAGAUAUAUGUGAAUGAUUUGCCAGGGAUUCUUAACAUCUUGAAGAUUCCUAUGAAUGACUCAGAAAUGCGACAGGUGCUGAAGACUGUUGACAUUGAUGUCAAUGGAAUGCUGGAUUUCACAUAUUUUCUUAAGGCCAGGAAUGAUGCUUCUCGUUUGACCUCUCAGGAUCCAGAAUUUCAAGAUAUCUUGAAGACUUUUUCUAAGAUGAAAGGUGGUCGUGUGGCCAUUGAUGAAGUGGCUGCUUUUUUGGGUGACCUGGGUAUUCCAGUAAACCCUGAGACACUCAAGGACGUGAUAAAUCACUCUUACGUGGACAGUAACAACACGGUGGAUAUUGGGGACGUUAUACUUACCUUGGAUGAUCUGCAACAACAGUAUGAAGAUGUUUCAAUUAUGGAUGAAGCCACUUCAAGUAAAAGAUUAUCAAGUAUACCAGAACAACCUAAGAAGAAAGACAGUUUACUUUCCAGAUUGUCCGAAACUCUUCCAGCAAAAAAACAAAGUGUAUCUGCCCUUCAACAUCGCAGUAAAACCACGGAGAAACACUAUGAGCCUGAAUUUAAACGAUCAAAAACUUCCUUACAAACAAGAAAACUCUCAAGUGGGGUUGACAUUGAUCAUGUGGGAGUUCAGGAACCAUACCCCAAGGGUGAAGAUUCAAAGUCUAAACCACCUAUCUUGAGGAGUACGACAAGCCUCGAUAAGUUUCUGGAUAAAAGUGAUGCUUCUAACAUCUCAAAACUUGAGAAGCCAUCUGUGACAAAGCAGCCCAGCCCCCUGAAACCCGUUUCAUCUAAGGAAAAAGAUGCAGUUAGUGUCUUAGAAAGUGUUCAUGAUGCUAUCAACAAGCUCCAAGGAAGUUACAUUUCUCCAGAGGAACUUCAGUCGGCUUUAUCCACAGUAGGGAUUACCGUAGCAGAUAAAGGCUUCCAGAAUAUUGUACCAGAGACUACUAAUGUCGAAAAUGGAAUGGUGAAUUUAAAUGACUUUAUUAUGGCAGUCUCCAAGGAGCACAAUAUUUCUGGAUACGAUGCAUUGAAUGAUGCCAUUGAAGGCAUUAAUAAAAUUGAGGAUGAAAAUGUUGCUUAUGAGAAUGUAGACACUUGUCUUCAAAAUUUUGGAGUUUAUCUUCCUAAGUCAGAACUAAAGAAGAUCAAAGAAUUAACUGAAGUUGAUGAAACAAAACAAGUAAACUUUAAAGAAUCUAUGGAUACCAUGAUGAGCCACACAAAAUACUUCUCUGAAAAUUUAUUGUUGCCGGAUGUUAUUGAGAUCCUCCACGACCUCAGCAAGGACCAGAUGGAUGUUUCUCUCUUGUGGAACUCUCUGUCUAGUUUGAAUAGUCAUUUAAAAAAGGAUGAAUUCUUAGAUGUGGUGAAAUUAACAACAGUUGAUGGUGACAAAGUACAACUUGAAGAAUUUUCAAAAGUAGUAAAGGAUAUGCGGGACACCCUCAGGGCAAAAGAGUUUCAGGACAUAGCCUUAACUCUGAAUUCGGUUGAAGGGGAGAAGGUAGCUCAGGAGAACUUGGAAGAUUUUCUAGAAAAUCUUGGGGUUACGUUAUUUAAAGACGAAGUAGAGAAAAUCCGUCAAUCAGACAUGGUUUCUGAAGACAACAUGGUGAAUGUUAAAGAGUGUAUGGAAGCCCUGAAAGAGACUCGGGAAUUUUCUAACUUCACUGCUUUGAAAGAGGCCAUUGAUAUGCUGGACUCCACAAAAAGAAGUUACCGGUCUGAUAAAGACAGACCUCUGGAGGGACUGGAAAAUGUCAAGGGUCUUAUAAAGGAAGUUUUGUCUCCAGACCUGAAGUUACCAACCAUAAGUGAGAUCACAGAAGCUGCUGACAUCUUGUCACGUGUUGAUAAUGGCAAGAUCACUAUAUCUGACUUGGAGCAUGCCCUGCAGUGUUUGAAUGCCAUUUUACCUGAAGAAGACGUCAAAGAAGUUCUUGAGCACUGUGAUACCAGUGAUAACAUGGAGGUGGACUUAAGAGAUUUCUUAACGGAAAUGAAAAAUACUGCAAGCUUUCAGGAUUCCAUAGCCACGCAGCUACUCCUAACUGCUCUCCAAGUUCUUCAGAACGAUCUAAUUGAUGUCUCUGACCUCAAGAAGUUACUGGUGAAUGACGACCUUCAUUUAGCUGAAACCAUACUGAAUGAAGUGUUAAAAGAUGUUCCCGAGCGUGAAAAAGGCAAAGUUACCAUUGAAGACUUUCUGACCAAGUUUGUGGAUACCUUGACGACUGUAAAAUCUGAACGAGAGAAAGAGAAGCUUUACAACACUGACAUUGACAGAAACGAUCUUAAUGCCAUUUCUGACAUCAAGCAAAAUUUAAAUGCUAUAGGAAUCCACCUAACAGAUGGUGAAAUACAGGAGGUGUUGGAUAAUACUAUUCCUCCCAGUGAUGUGGUUCAGCUUAAGGAUAUCAUCAGAGAGCUGGCUCACACUGAUGUAUUUAAUGAGUGCCAGAGAAUAGAGGACAUAUGCAACGUUGUCGAUAAAAUCACUGAUGGAAAAGUUGAAGUUAACGACCUUUUGUCUGUCUUAAAGAACUUUAAGAAAUCUUUCCAGGAGAAAGGGCAGCCUGAGGUGUUUCCAACUUCUGAAAUGGAUGAAAAAGAAGUGACCUCAGAGGACACAGUUGCUUCUUUAAUCAACUCGUCUAGUCUAGCAACACCAUUCAGCAGUUUAUUGAAAGCGAUUACAUCUUUUGAAAAUAUCAGAAAUAAUAAAAUGCCUGCAAAGGAACUGAUCUCGAAUCUCAGCAGUACUGGAAUUCCAAUAAGCUCCAAUACAAUGCAGGAGAUCCUGAGAAAGGCCUCUAUUGAUGGUGAAUUCUUCUUUCCUAUUGUAUAG